AUGGACCCCUCCGCCUGUCGAGUGAUAUACAUUGACGAAAGAUUCAACACAGAAAGAUGGAUUUCUAGAGAGGGGCUGUCUCCUACCACUCCCGCAAGAGCAGGUUCGCAGGUGGAAUUCUCGGACCUGCCCCUCGACCUACAGACCAACGUCAAUGCCUUUCUGACCGUCUUCAAUCAGGUGUAUGUAUGUAGUUCUGGAAGGGCGUUUUCCACAAAGUUGUCCGAACUUCACGACCAGGUCAAGCUCGAUUGUACCCCGAUUCUCGCUUGUAUCGACGUUGGCUCCGAGUCCAAGCAUGAGCACACAAAGGCCAAACCCAGAUUCUUUCCGUCGUCCGACUCGCCAUUACCGUCCCCAAGCUUGCUAAGGAAGGAGAUUACCUUCUCCUCCGAAUCCGACGAAUCAUACGGUCUUCAACUUUUGUCUCGAAUAGCGUCCGAUCUACAAGUUGAUGAAGGUGUCAAGUUGAUAAUACCGGUGGCAAUUGUCCAACCCAAACGGAAUGAUUCUCAGGACCAGGCUGUGGACACGGACCCCCAACCCGAGGUGUCCCGCGCACCAUUUGGCCCAGAGUCCAAGCCCGUCGCAAUCCAAGACAAGUCCGAUAUUAUCGAUGCUCAAUUAAUGUUACAGUGUCUGGAUGCUGGCGCACUGGACGUGGUAAAAAGCCCAUUGGACAAGGCUGGGAUCAUGGGUCUGACAGUCCAUGCUUACCGAAUAUACAAAAAUGCGAAAAAGGAACAGGCUGGCUUCAUGGCCAUGGCUCGAAGGAAUCGCAAGCAAUCAUGGGUCGGUAUGGAAGAGGAGAAACCCUAUGCUUAUCUUCGAGAAGCCAUGGUGAAGAAGCUGCUCAAGGGAAUCUGUGAGCCGCAAAAUAUCAUCGAAGACUACCAGCAUCGUGACCUGUAUGUGCUAGAGUCGCGAAAAGAGGCUGUCGCAGAAGCUGUUGGCCGCUGGGACUUUUCUGGUCACGAAUUUACAGAGGAUGAACUCGUCUACGCUGGCUAUUUUAUGCUCAACCAUUGCCUUCAGAUGGAAGAGUGUGAGCAAUGGAGCAUGAAUCAACGCGACCUCCUUCACUUCAUGCAAGGCUGUCGCAUAGCAUACAAUUCUUUCGUCCUCUAUCACAACUUCAGGCACGCUGUCGACGUCUUGCAAUCGGUAUUCUACUUCCUCCUCCAAAUAGGCACCCUGCCACCGUAUCCCGCUGGCGCCCAACCAUCUCGUUUUGCAGAUAAGAAAUCACCAAUUGCCCGCUUACUAGGACCCUUUGAAGCGCUGACCCUCUUGGUCUCGGCCAUUGGACACGAUGUCGGUCACCCUGGGGUCAACAACAUGUUUCUGGUCAAAUUAAACGCGCCUCUUGCACAACUGUACAACGACCAGUCCGUUCUGGAGGCCUUUCAUUGCGCGGCUUACUCUCAGAUUCUCCGACGCCACUGGCAUAUUGCAUUCCAGGACAAGGCUCUUCGGAAAUUGAUGAUCAGCACCAUCCUCGCAACCGAUAUGGGUAUCCAUUCCGACUACAUGCAACAACUGGGCAACUUACAGGAGAAGAUUCACGAAAGCGGAGUGACCGAUGGAUGGUCCCCAAAAGACAUUGAUUGGGCGCGGACCUUGACUUGUGGAUUGUUGAUUAAAUGCGCUGACAUCAGCAACGUGGCGCGACCGUGGUUGGUGGCAGAGAAAUGGACACAUUUACUACAGAAGGAGUUUGCCCAUCAAGGCGAGAUGGAGCAAGCCGUUGGAAUGGAGACGACACUCUUCGGCGGUCCACCCGAACUGGGUAACAUGCUGAAGCUGGCUAAUGGCCAAAUUGGCUUUAUGACCAUCUUUGCACAUCCGCUUUUUGCGAAUGUUGCCGACAUAAUUCCGGCCAUGCAGUUUGCUGCCGACGAGAUCCUCACGAACAAAGGCGUUUGGUUUACAAGAGCCGAGCACGAAAAGAAACUGCAGCUCAUCAAGAAAGGAACAGGGCCUGGUGAUGGCGGUUCAAUAAGCCCCAGAACUCAAAGUCCCGUCGGCCGAACCCAGGAGCAUGGGAAGGAGAAGCACCUGCCAGCUUCACCGCUUCGGGGUCGAGACGGGUCACCAGAAAAGCAUCACUCUGAAUCAGGACGUGGCCGGAAGAGUGGUAACACUACUCCGCAGAACAGCUCUAGGCGGUCCUCAUUAGCGGCUGCGGCAGGCAUAGCCGUUUCGGGUGCUGAGGGAACCCAACGUCGUGGAUCAGCCUCGAAGCCCAACCAGAAUUUCAAGGUGUCAGAUCGGGAGCGGUCGGGGUCGGCGCUCAUCAACGGCGAACACAUUCCAAUGGAACUUACGCUAGAUGGCUCCCGCGGUGGUGAGAGAAAUCAUGACACCAACUCCAGCGGCACCCCGAGGCUAGCAUCACCAGCAAACGACGUCGGCGCAGAGUCUUUACAACCCCUCAAUGACAAAAGAAGAGACCAUGCGGUAUCAAUGCGUGCAGGGACAGAGGCCAUUCCACAGGAGGCUCUCGAACAGAGCAACGUAUCAGAUGCAGAGGCAAUGCAAAAAUUCAAUUUUGCGACUUCAAAGAAGAAUGAGCCAGUGCGGACGUACGAUCCCCAACAACAGUACAAUCCUUCCCAUCCUGGUCUACGCGCAAGCGCACCAGCAAGCGACGUGGAGUCGAAAAAGCCUAAAGUUGAAGCGAUUGACACGUCACCACCAGCGAGAUCGGCCCAGAGCGAUAACACGUCGAGCGCUAUAGUGAGAGGCGGCGGUGGUGAAGGACAUAUUUUAACUCCUAGCGGGAGCACUGAAGCGACAAGCUACACCUCCGAAAAGAGCGAAGAAUUGAUAAGGCUCCGAAACAGUCUUCAAGCCAUACGCAACCGGGCAGUAAGUGCACCGAUGCACUCGGGAAGUCCGGUACUGAGACCUAGUUUUAGCAUGGGGAGUAACAGCGCAACUAGCCGAGAAAGCAGCAAAUAUGACAUUCAUACAACGAUCUUGAGUAAUGGGGACGUGGAGGACGCCAGCACGAAAGACAGAAAAGCCAGCACCAAGACGAUGGGCAGGAGAAGGAGCCGGCUAAAGCUCGGGCUCGCAUUCUGGAAGAGAAACCGGAGUGAGAAGAGCAUUGAGGGUGAGGUAUUGAGGCCGGAUAGUCAGGGGAGUGGAGGAAGAGGGUGA